AGAAACCUCAGUCACCUUCAGCACUCCUGAGGAGUAAGUGUUCAUCGAGUUUGUCUGUAUAAAGACGUGUUUCCAGGGGCGUCUGUAUAUAAAUAGUCUCGUUAACCCUGUUGAAGUGAAGUUUUCUUUUGUGGACUUCUUCUAUAUUGAGCCGGUGCAUAGAGGAACCCCAAAAAGCAGUGUGCAUUCCUAAGCGUUGUUUCUUCCGUAUCCAAAAUGCUACAGCAGAUACUGAACGAUAUGUGGGUCGACCCGGAGAUCCUGGCGGAGUUGGACGAGAGCCAGAAACAGAUUCUCUUCUGCAAAAUGCGCGAGGAGCAGGUGCGGAGGUGGAAGAUUUGGGACGCGGCGAAUCCACCGAAGCCGGCAAGACCUUCAAGGAGUAAGAAAAAAGUCGACUUCCUGCUAGACGCCCGCGGAGAGCCUUGGACCUGGGUCAUGGGCGAACACCAGAACGACAAGUCCAUCGAGGAAAUACUGGAAGAGGAGGCCAGGGAAGCGGCUAGGCGACUUGCAGAAGCUGAAAGAUUGGCCGAACUUUUGGAACAAAAUAAGAGACAAAGGGAAGAGAUAGAAGUCGCCCAGCAGAAGCUAGACGCUGAAGAGAUUUAUUGUUCGGCUGACGAGCUUCGGAUCAAUGCCAAACCAGUUAUAAACAACAUUCCGCCGAUUCAAAACUUUUUGAAACGGGAUGCCCUCCAGGAAAUUUCCUUCAACAAGCCCUCGAACGUGUCUCAGAAGGUAGCCUUGUGGGAAAAGCGCGUCGUUGAAGAAAGAACUUCCGAGAUAUACAAAAAGUUACAAAAAAUAAAACUUGACGCCGCCAAAGAGGCCGAAGAAGCAGAAAACAAACAGGAACCCUUUUGGAGAGAACAACAGAAAAAAGCAAAAGAAGAAGAACUGAGGAGGAGGGAGAUUGCACGGAUUGCAAGAGAAGAGCACAGAAGAUCCAUGCAGGAAAUUGAACCAGAAACCCCAGCGCUUCCGCCAAGAAAAGAAGUUGUGUCAUCGUCAAAGCCACCGAAUAAAGAUGCCAUAGUUGAAUGGUUCAAGACAAGCCAGGUUAUCAGAAGAGCUGGUCUCGAUCCCAACACAAAUUCCGUUGCUCCAUGGUUUCACGGGUUAAUUACAAGGCAGGAGGCUGAGAAUCUUCUCAAUUUGCAGCCAGCCGGUAGUUUCCUUGUCAGAGUAUCUGAAAGGAUAUGGGGCUAUGCCAUUAGCUACAGAGAUAUCGACAGAUGCAAACAUUACCUCAUCGACGCUUCCAACGACCACUACCAGUUUCUGGGAACAAACCAAAUCUCCCACAAGACCUUAGGUGAUCUUGUGACUUAUCAUGCAACCAGGCCGAUUACUGAAGCCGGCGGGGAACUGCUCGGUCGAGCUUGCCAUAGAACAAAACCUCUUCCGCUUGUCUUUCAGGGUCUUUCAAUUCGAGCGAGAUAACCAGAAUGACUUGGAAGAGCGCCAUAUUUUCUAUAUACCAUUCUGGUUUUGUGAUAUCCCAUUCCCCUUGUAUUGCCCCCUUCAAAGCCAUGUCGCUUCUCUUUAUUUGUAAGAUUUACUCAAUUUGAUAUGCUUCUAUUAAAAGUCAUACUUUUUAGCGAUUGAGUAAGCUGUUUAAGCAUCUUUUGAGAAAGGAUUGAUUUUCAUUUUUAAAUAUGUACAUUGUCAUUAAUAUUUUAAUAAGACUAUUCUCAAAAAGGAAUAUUAUAGAUUUUUUAAGCUCUUAUAAAAUGUUAAACAUUGCCAUAAUGUUAGCGGUUGGUGGCAUUUUUUGUUAUACAUAUUUAGUUAUAAUGUAAAACUACUAGUAUUUUAGA